AUGAUUCUACAAAGGGCACCGAUUCAGGCUGCAUUAAGUAGCGCAGCACGGGCGGCAGGUAUUGCUGGCUGCACAUCCCCUACCACUUUGCAUUCUGAUCGCCCCGCUGCCUCCUGCUCUCCGGCUGCAGCAGCCUGGUUUGUAAGAGGCGGCAGGGACGGGAACCGCCCGGCGUCCAGCAGCGCCUUGGCGGAGCGGAGCGGCGCGGCGCGGCGCCGGGAAAGGCUGCGGCACAGGCCAAAGUAUGAAGACCUUGUUUGCUUUAGAGAUAUCAGACCUGGUGCCCCCCACCACUAUCUGGUGGUGCCGGUGGAGCACAUGGGAAACUGCAAAACGCUGAAGACAGAACACAUACCUAUAGUGAAGAGAAUGAUGGAAGUUGGAAAAGCUGUCCUCCAGAGAAAUAACUUUAGUGACUUGAAUGAUAUAAGAAUGGGUUUUCACUGGCCUCCGUUCUGCUCAAUAUCCCACUUGCAUCUUCACGUCCUGGCCCCAGCCAGUCAGCUAGGAUUCUUAUCCAGACUUGUUUACAGAAUCAAUUCCUACUGGUUUAUCACGGCUGAACAGCUGAUUGAGCGACUGCAAACUGAAAAUGCUGCCAGUUGA